UCGGACCUCUUUAUGGUGCGCUCCUUCUGUUUCCGGGUCUGGGAGGAGAGUAGCGGUGUGAUUUGAAGAGGACUGCCUUAUCUGUCAAAAUGCAGGACCCUAACGAAGACACAGAGUGGAAUGAUAUACUGAGAAAGAAGGGUAUUCUUCCUCCCAAAGAAACCCCUAAAGAUGAAGAGGAAGAGGAGGAGCUGGCCCUUCAGCAGCAGUCUGUCGUUAAAACAUACGAGGACAUGACACUGGAAGAGCUCGAAGAGAAUGAAGAUGAGUUUGGUGAGGAUGAUGAGGCUGCCAUUGAGAUGUACCGACAGAAGCGAAUUGCAGAGUGGAAGGCUGCUCAGAUAAAGAACAUUUUUGGUGAGGUGGGGGAAAUCUCAGGGCAGGACUACGUCAAGGAGGUCAACAAGGCAGGAGACGGCAUCUGGGUGGUGCUGCACCUCUAUAAGCAAGGCAUCCCUCUGUGUACCUUGAUCAACCAACACCUUGCCACGCUGGCCAGAAAAUUCCCUCAGACCAAGUUCCUCAAGUCCAUCUCCACGACCUGCAUCCCCAACUACCCCGACCGCAACCUGCCCACCAUCUUCGUCUACUUUGAAGGGGAGAUGAAGGGUCAGUUCAUUGGGCCGCUUGUCUUCGGAGGAAUGAACCUUAAAGUUGAAGAGCUGGAGUGGAGGUUGUCGGAGACCGGGGCGGUGAAGACAGACCUGGAGGAAAACCCCAGAAAACAAAUCGAAGACAAGCUCAUGUCAUCGAUCAGAAGUUCACUCCCCACGCGAAAGGACAGUGACAGUGAGGAUGAGGACUAUUAGACGAGACAAAA